AUGGUGCCAACUAGGGGCACAGCCAAGUCGACCUCCCUGGAUAUCUUCGGUCGCGCACGUCGUCAACAUCAGGGCCGGUUCGACGACGAUUACGCCGCCGUCAGCAACCUGCUCGCCCAGAAAAACAGCGUGCACAAAGCCUACGUCGACCGCCCCACCGACGACAACGGAGCUGCUUUCUACCGUAGUCGUUGCCUCGCUCAACAGCGACUGCGCGAGAUGCAGGAGACCUGGACGGCUCAAACGGCCAAGGAAAUCCAAGGGUACGCGGACCGCAACGAAGGGAAGAAUUUUUUCUCAACUAUCAAGGCUGUCUACGGUCCGACAGUCAAAGGCACUGCUCCUUUUCACAGCGCCGACGGAAUCACCCUACUCCCUGAGAAGAUGCAAACCCUGCAGCGAUGGGCCGAACAAGUCAAUGGCGUCAACAUCCAUCCCUCCACCAUCUCCGACGCCGCCAUCGAUCGUCUGCCUCAAGUAGAGACCAACCCCGACCUCGACUUCGCGCCCUCUCUACACGAAGCCAUCAGGGCCGUGCAACAGCUCACCAAAGGGAAAGCGCCCGGAUCGGGCGCGAUGCCCGCUGAGAUUUACAAGUGCGGUGGCCCACAACCUAUGGAACACCUAACAACGCUCUUUCAGGAUAUUUGGCAUCAAGGAGACGUCCUCUAG